UUAUACCUAUACCAGCCUCUUCUCUAUUUCGUUCCGUUCCUGCAAACCCUCCUAACCUAAACGCGCUCCUGUUCAACUUCAACAAGAGCUUACCCCGCCAAAUCCGAACCCCGCCAAAUCAGACGUAGUACCUCGCCAAAAUGGUCGGUCUUGGUCCUCGUCGCCCUCCCUCCCGAAAGGGAUCCAUGGCCGAUGUCCCCAAGGACCUCGCUGAAGAGAUCAACAAGCUCGAGAAUCUCUUCACCGUACAGCCCAGCAAGCUCAAGGAGAUCACCAACCAUUUCGUUUCUGAACUCGCCAAGGGUCUCAGCGUUGAGGGUGGUAGCAUUCCUAUGAAUCCUACCUGGGUCAUGUCAUACCCGGAUGGCUAUGAAACCGGCACCUACCUGGCCCUCGACAUGGGCGGCACCAACCUGAGAGUGUGCCAGAUCACACUUACUGACGAGAAGUCCGAGUUCGAUAUCAUCCAGUCCAAGUACCGCAUGCCUGAGGAGCUCAAGUCUGGCACCUCUGAGGAGCUUUGGGAGUACAUUGCCGAAUGUCUCUACCAGUUCCUUGAGACACACCACGGAGACUGCACAAAGUUGGAGAAGAUCCCUCUGGGUUUCACAUUCUCGUACCCCGCCACCCAGAACUACAUCGAUGAGGGUAUCCUCCAGCGAUGGACCAAGGGCUUCGACAUUGACGGUGUCGAGGGCCAGAACAUUGUUCCCAUGUUCGAGGAGGCCUUGAAGACUCGGGGCGUUCCUAUCAAGCUUGCCGCUAUCAUCAAUGAUACUACCGGCACAUUGAUUGCCUCUGCCUACACCGAUACUGCCAUGAAGAUUGGUUGCAUUUUCGGCACUGGUUGUAACGCCGCAUACAUGGAAGACUGCGGCUCAAUCCCCAAGAUUGCUGACCUGAACCUCCCUGCUGACCUGCCUAUGGCCAUCAACUGCGAAUGGGGAGCUUUCGACAAUGAGCAUAAGGUCCUCCCCCGAACCCCCUACGACGUCAUCAUUGACAAGGAGUCUCCUCGCCCUGGACAGCAGGCUUUUGAGAAGAUGAUUGCUGGUCUGUACCUUGGCGAGAUCUUCCGACUCAUUCUCGUCGACCUCCACGACAACAAGUCUAUCCAUAUCUUUGAGAACCAAGACAUUGCUCUCCUCCGCAAGCCUUAUUCUCUGGAUGCCUCCUUCCUGUCUGCUAUCGAGGAGGACCCCUGGGAGAACCUGUCCGAGACCAGCGACCUCUUCAGCAAGAAGCUGAACUUGAAGUGCACACAGCCUGAGCUUGAGCUUAUCCGCAGAACCGCCGAGCUCAUCGGCACACGAGCUGCCCGCCUCUCGGCCUGUGGCGUUGCUGCUAUCUGCAAGAAGAAGAACUACCAAUCUUGCCACGUCGGUGCUGACGGUUCCGUGUUCAACAAGUACCCCCACUUCAAGGAGCGUGGUGCCAAGGCUCUGCGAGAUAUUCUCGACUGGCCCGAGAAGACCAACAAGAAGGAAGAGGAUCCCAUUGAAGUCCUGACUGCCGAGGACGGUAGCGGUGUCGGCGCCGCCCUGAUUGCCGCCCUGACGCUUAAGCGCAUCAAUGAGGGCAACAUGGCGGGUAUCCUUCAUCCCGAGAACUUCAAAUAAAUUUAAAGCGGAAUCAAUUAAGCAAAGGCGUGAGGUAGGCAUCAACGUUUAAGAAUGAACCGGAAAAUAAAGACAGGCGUGUACUUGAAUCAUAGCACGAAUAGAGACAAGGGGACGUUAAAGGACUACCAAAAAGCGGGUAUGUCACAGACAAGCCCCCUGGUUCCUGUUGAUGGAUAUAUAUAUGUACGUUUAACCCAUGAAUGUGCAGAUAGGUAAUCGGUAUUCUGUGAAGUACGUUAGCUUGUUCCAAAUGGUGGCUACCAUCAUAGGGGGAGGGCAGCGGCUCCUCGAUGUGCUUUUUGGAAUAAUCAAGGCUGUCUACAGCCUGUUAGAGGUACCAACAGCAUAUCGAAGAACCGCUGCCCCCUCGAAGGACUU